AUGGGCGUCCUUCAUGCGUUGACAGGAGAUACGGUCCCUUUUCAUUGGGAAUAUACUCACCAAUGCACAUUUGAAGACAUUAAAAACCUCGCUAUGUUGUGUAAGGAUCACCAUAGAAAACCCCAGUACUUUACCCUCCCCCACAUGCUCUGA